UGGGCACUGGUGGGUGGCACUGGUGGGCACAGGUGGUGGCACUACUGGGCACAGGUAUGUGGCACUUCUGGGCACAGGUGGGCGCACUGAUGGGCACAGGUGGGCGCAUUGCUGGGCACAGGUGGGCGCACUGCUGGGCACAGGUGGGUGCAUUGCUGGGCACAGAUGGGCGGAACUUGUGUGUGUGUGGCACUGCUGGGCACCGAUCAUCAGGGCACUGGUGAUCAGUGACCCUGAUGAUCGGUGCCGAUCCCCGCUCUGACAACUGCCGAUUUACGGCAGUACUUUCCUCACGAUCUGACAGCGUGAGGAAAGUGCAGCCGAGAACCGGCAUUUUGCAU